AUGUUUGAUGACUAUGCUCAAUCCAAGCAUCUCAAAGAGUCUUACAUGUACGGUAAGCGCCUUGUUCGAGUAGACAAGCUGCAGAGUGCGUAUUAUCAUUUGCAGCAGCAACAAAAGAAAUCUCAGGUACCGUUUUGGAGGUUUAUGGAUCCAUUCAUUCAGACAUGGUAUUCGGAAUUGGAGAGACUCUGUCGCUCAAGUCAAUCAGCUCUUAUCAUGCUGAAUAUGCAGCUGGAGGAGGUAUCGAAUACGAUAUGCUUCGUUUCAUCUCCUUUGAAGAAUCGAAACAGAAAAUCACUCAAGAAGGCCCAUCAGUUUAUAGCAACAUGUCUUGACGAAUGGGAUUUCAUACAGAUGGGAGCUUCUUGUUCAACGGGCUCAAAUGAUUCAUAUCAAGGCUACUUUGAACAGAUGGAGUCUCGAGCUCAGUAUGAAUUUGGGACAUACUCUUCACCCAAGCUGUGUCAGUGCAUCCGACAAGUGUAUCGAUUCAAGCAAAAUUUGCAGCUCUACCGCUGCUACAUCACCUCGCAAUUUGAUAUGCUCUGGGGAUUAGGCAGCACAGCAAUGCAACUGGAACCAACCACAGAUGUACCACUAUUACAAGUCAUGAAAUCUCGCUGGCAACAGAAAUACACUCAUGAACUCGCAUCGUACACCGCCAUCACAGACUCAUUUCAUGCACUUUUGAAAAAGAGUACGCCUGUUCGACAAGAUUUUACAUGCGCCGUCUGUCUUUGCAUCUGGCACGAACCGACGACUCUGCAAUGCAACCACACGUUUUGCCGCAACUGUGUUCAGCACAUGCUGUGUGCCAGCUGCCACAAAUUUCGGCGAAAAACAUUAAAUCGUAUAUCAGAAGGGUUGGUGCAUUGGAUCAAGCCGUUUCCAGCAGUGUAUUGCACAUGUCAAAUAUUCAAUCAUUUGGGUCAAACAACACCUUUAAACAAAGAAGGAACAUGUCCUCUGUGUCGUACACUCUUCAGCCCAGCAGACUGUGUUGUGGAUGAGGAGCUAUCCAAGUUUAUUGCGCUGUAUUUCCCCAAGAGCAGCCAGAAAGACAACGACGAGGAAGAUGCCGUCCAAGAGAGCAGAGAAUUGGACCAGCAACAUGUUGCAAAGAAACAGAAAUCAAGUGCUAAUACAGAUCAUGCAAACACACGAAGAAGAAGCCAAGUCAAUGCUGCCAAGUUUUAUUCUAAAAUGCAGAGAUGGUCCAACAAGUGGAGUGGAUAUUAUGGUGAGGCUAAUGCAGGCAUUGGUCAGGCACUGCCUCCUGUUCCUCGCAUACCUUUGGCAUCAACUCAAAGACAAGUGAAUUAUGAAAUGUUGGUACUAGCGAGACGGUCAUGGAUGUUUUAA